AACUGCUGUGGGAAGAAGCGAGGCGAGUGUAAAAGGCGUGUAGACAACUGCAGACACCAAAACUAUUCUGGGGAGCUGGAAUGUACACAGCAGCCUAAUGGCAAGCUCCUGACCUGGUACCUCAGUGAACCUUUCUCUGUGGCCAUGUUACCCUUUUUCUUGAUUUUUUUUUGUGACCUUUGAGAAAAAUGUUUUUUGUUUUAAUGCAGCUGAAUCGUGAUUGAUUCUGUCCAGGCACAUUGGAAUUUAAAGGCUGAGAAUGGCCUGUUCAUCACUUGAGGUCUUUCCAUUCAAGGACCAGGAGCUGCCUACCCACCUGCUGCGGCAGCUGAACUGCCUCAGGCUCGAGCGGGUCUUCACCGAUGUGCUUCUGUGCACAGAGGACGCAGAGAUCCCCUGCCAUAGGAACGUGCUGGUCUCCAGCAGCCCUUACUUUCGUGCCAUGUUCUGCAGUAACUUUCGCGAGAGCAGCCAGACCCGGGUGGACCUGAAGGGCAUCACAUCAGAAGUCCUGGGGGGCAUCGUGGACUACAUCUACACAGGAGCCAUCACCAUAACGAUGGAGCUAGUUUUGCCUCUGAUGCAGGCUGCAUCCAUGCUGCAGUACACAAGGCUCUUUGAGGCUUGCUCCGCCUUCCUGCAGGAGCAGCUGAACCCAGACAAUUGCCUGAGCAUGAUACGCCUAUCAGAGAUCCUACACUGCGACAGCCUGCGGGACAGGGCAAAGGAGAUGGCUGUGCGCAGCUUCUCAGACGUAGCCGCCUCAGAGGACUUCUGUGAGCUCUCACUGCCCGAGCUAAUGUGCUACCUGGAGGAUGACAGGCUGUGUGCUGAGGAGGAGCAGGUGUUUGAGACGCUCCUUGCCUGGAUCCACCAUGACCCAUUUUCCCGCCGUGGCGCCAUCCACGACCUCUUCAAGAGGGUGCGCCUUCGCUACAUCCAUCCUACUUACCUGUUCCAGUUCAUAGCCAACGACCCACUCGUCCAGUCCUCCACACUCUGCACCGAAAUUAUCGAGUCUGUGCGGCGACUGAUGUUUUCGGUCAGCGCCAGGUGCACACAGGAGCUAAAGCCCCUGUGGAUAACGCCCCGCCGCUACACCUGCCGUGAGACAUUGGUGGUGGUGGGCGGACGCAAGAACAAUGAGCAGACAUCGCGGGAGGCGCUGCUCUAUGAUGAGCGCACGCAGCGCUGGCAGUGGCUGGCCAAGCUUCCUCUGCGCCUCUACAAAGCCGCGUAUGUCUGCAUACACAGCAUCUUGUACGUGGUGGGAGGUCUCAGCCUCAGCCUGGCAUCUGGAGACAGUGCUGUCAGUGCCACGGUCUACACCCUUUCGCUGAAGACCAACCAGUGGAGGACAGCAGAGCCAAUGCUGGCGGCACGCUACGCCCACCAGAGCGUGUCUUACCUGCACUUCAUCUUUGUGUUGGGGGGCGUUGGAGCCGACAGGCAGAUCUCUAACACAGUGGAGCGCUACAACAGCAUGUUCAACCAGUGGGAGGCCAUGGCGCCUAUGCCCACAGCAGUCCUGCACCCUGCAGUGGCUGCUAAUGACCAGAGGAUCUAUGUCUUCGGAGGGGAGGACUCCAUGCAGAACCCAGUGAGAUUAAUACAGGUUUAUCACAUCUCAAGGAACAUGUGGUCUAGAUUGGAGACCCGGACAGUGAAGAAUGUGUGUGCACCUGCUACUGUCAUAGAAGACAAGAUUUAUAUAAUUGGAGGAUACACAAGAAGGGUGAUUGCCUAUGAUACCAAAGCUAACAAGUUUGUAAAAUGUGAGAACAUGCGGGAGAGGAGAAUGCACCACUCGGCCACUGUCAUCAACAACAAGGUCUAUGUAACAGGGGGCCGUUUCCUUAACGGCCACGACACCAUCGAGGACUCAGAUUGCUUCGAGUGCUAUGACCCUAAAGUGGACGUAUGGACGUCUAAGGGCUCUUUACCCUUCAAGCUGUUUGACCAUGGCUCACUAGCCCUAAUCUGUGUCUCCAACCGACCCAACCCACCAUGACUGCUGAAAAGGGGGCCUAACUACUGCUUUAGGCAUCCAGCUAACUACUCAAACACACAAAAAAAAUGAAAUACAGGACAACAGCUGAGACUGGAAACCAUCUAUGGAAGCUUGCAUUCCCCUGCUGGACGAGCGAGUCUGAGCUGCAGCUUUGAUGACAUGCAACUGCAUCACGUUAGCAGCUGCAGUAUCCUAAAUCAAAGGAGAUUUGAAGCUGAUGAGUAGAAGGUGUCACGGCGACGGUGCCCCUGGGAGUGUGCUCCACAGCACACGGCACCAUAGCACCCCUGUGUAACAACUCCGGGUGGCGGUGCACAGCUGUGACCCACAUAAUCUUCACAGGCCAAGUCUCUCGCUCAAGAACUUUUCACCACCAUCAUCUCCUCUCAGUAGGCAAGCGUCACCGUGAACCUUGUCAAAACAAAUGUUUAGAAUCUAGAACCACCUGAGGUAGAUCUGGGGAAAACAAAAUUCUCCCACCAUAUGGCAGCAUGCUGCAGUGACCUACUGUGGUCCAUUUAAAGUCACUUUAGAAACACAUAUUCCUUCAGAGCGAAAAACUGACAGCAACAUAUACAUCCUAACAAAGCUAAGACUGCUGCUGAGAUGCACAUUGUAGUUGCAGGUAUUGUGUUUGAUUGCAAAACCCUGUACUAGAGAAGGCCGUAUCUUCUGAAAACCCCAAACAGAAAGCAAUGACAGAUCCUGGCAAGCUGGCAGAAAAAGACCACCACUGAACAACAGGAUGCAGCUCUCUGCAACAUGUCUGAUCCUUUUUUGGGGGUAUUUUGGUGAAAUUAUUUAAGAAACCUUUCAUGGUGAAGGAAGGCUCUCGUACACAGUGGUCAAAAAAAGAAAUAUUUUAUGGAGCAGUGAAUUGGAGAAGUCCACACUGGUAAAUGAGUUUUGAUGAAAAAUUACAAUUGAUAUCUGUAUAUUAAUUCAGCUUGACUCUUUGUCUGGGACUUUUAAGCACACAAUAAUAAACAAUUAAAAAAAAUUGUAGCCAAACAUGUAAUCCUUUAUUAUAUCCAAAAAGCAUGUCCAAAUUGUUCCACUACAAUAAAUGUCACAAAAAUUA